CAAGAUUUAUUUUUAAAGGUUUGGAGAAACAAGUUCCUCAAUUCUAAAAUUAUUCAAACCACAAGGUUAUUAAAAGAUUUUUCAAAUUGUUAUUUAAGAAUUAAAGAAAUUGCAGACCACCCUUAUAAAGAAUAUAUUACAAAAAUAUGCUAUAACAUCAAUGAACCAUUAUCACUACAUCAAAUUCCUUCAAAAUUAUUACCAGGUGUAAUUCCAUCAAGUGUUACCUAUUUGAAGUUUAGAAAUAGUCAAUUUAAUAAACCUUUAUCUGUUGGUUCAAUUCCCAAUUCAGUAAAAUAUCUUUAUCUUGGUGAUAGCUACAACCAUCCUUUAACUAAAAAUAUAAUACCAGAUUCAGUGAAAACGUUAAGAUUAAGCAAACAAUUUAAUCAUAUUCUAUCAGAAAACUCUAUUCCUUCAAGUUGCACAGAAUUGAUAUUCCAAAACGAUUUUUACAAACCAAUUGGUGUUUUACCAAAUACUAUAAAAUACUUAGAAUUUAAAGGAGAUUUUAAACAAAGAAUACUUCCAAGAUCAAUCCCAAACUCAGUCACUACUUUGAUAUUUGCUAAAGCAUUUAACCAUCCUCUAAGAAAAAAUACAAUACCAAAAUCAGUAAAAAAGUUAUCAAUAGGUUAUAAUUUUAACCAGCCCAUCUCAAAUGGUAUUUUACCAUCAACAUUAGUACAAAUUGAAAUUGGUACUUCAUUUAACCAAGAAUUAUUACCAGGUGUAAUUCCAUCAAGUGUUGCCUAUUUAAAGUUUAGAUAUAGUCAAUUUAAUAAACCUUUAUCUGUUGGUUCAAUUCCCAAUUCAAUAAAAUAUCUUUAUCUUGGUGAUAGCUACAACCAUCCUUUAACUAAAAAUAUAAUACCAGAUUCAGUGGAAACGUUAAGAUUAAGCAAACAAUUUAAUCAUAUUCUAUCAGAAAACUCUAUUCCUUCAAAAUCAAAAUUCCCAUCAUCAAUUGAACAUUUGACAUUUGGUAAGUAUUUCAACCAGCCACUACUUAAAGGUUCUAUACCAGAUAAAUGCAAAGUUUUAGACCUAUCCAAAGUGAUAUUUAACCAUCCAAUAGAAGCCGAUGCAUUACCUAAUUCUCUCACAUCAUUAUCAUUUGGCAAAUAUUUCUACCAAACAACCUUAACAAAAUCCUCAAUUCCAUCAUCAGGUGAUAUACCAAACCAUAUACAACAAUUAGAACUCUCCAAUUUUAAUCAACCUUUAACAGAAAAAUUACUUCCAUCUUCAUUAUUAUUACUCGACCUUGGUUUUAUCUUCAACCAACCACUUUCAACACCAUUACCAAAUGGUCUUUUAGGCUUGACAUUAGGUUAUAAUUUCAACCAGCCCAUCUCAAAAGGUAUUUUACCAUCAACAUUAGUACAAAUUCAAAUUAGUACUUCAUUUAACCAAGAACUAUUGCCGGGUGUAAUUCCAUCAAGUGUUACCUAUUUGAAGCUUAGAAAUAGUCAAUUUAAUAAACCUUUAUCCGUUGGUUCAAUUCCCAACUCAGUAAAAUAUCUUUAUCUUGGAAAUGGCUACAAUCAUCCUUUAACUAAAAAUAUAAUACCAGAUUCAGUGAAAACGUUAAGAUUAAGCAAACAAUUUAAUCAUAUUCUAUCAGAAAACUCUAUUCCUACAAGUUGCACAGAAUUGAUAUUC